UUAGGCUCGGAGGAAGGCUCGGAGCGGAGACCUUGAGCGGAUAAGAACAAAGCAGCUCUCCACAGGCCAGAGCCGCACUCGCCCCUCUCCAUCUAUCUCUACGAAGCCAUCACCCCCCGUCCCCCACAACCCCCUUCCAACACCUUCUCUCUAAGCUUUCUACUCCUUCCUCUCUUCAUCCCUAUCCUUAAAAAGAAGAACGAGACAUAAAGAGAGAAAAAGGAGAACACUUCGCUCCACAAACUGGCGAUCGAUCACGAAUCCCCCUUCAAGGAGCUCAAAGUCAGGAACAGAAGGGUCAUGGGAGGAGGAGGCGGGCUGGACGAUGACAACCGGUGGCCGCCAUGGCUCCGGCCGCUGCUGUCGACCAGCUUCUUCGUGCAAUGCAAGCUGCAUGCCGAUUCCCACAAAAGCGAGUGCAACAUGUACUGCCUUGACUGCAUGAAUGGUGCCCUCUGUUCCCUCUGCCUCGCCAACCACCGCGACCACCGCGCCAUUCAGAUAAGGAGGUCAUCCUACCAUGAUGUGAUCAGAGUGUCGGAGAUACAGAAGGUGCUGGACAUCACCGGCGUCCAGACGUAUAUCAUCAAUAGUGCCCGCGUCGUAUUCCUCAACGAGCGACCCCAGCCGAGGCCUGGCAAAGGCGUCAUCAACACCUGCGAGGUCUGCGAGCGGAGCCUCCCCGACUCCUUCCGCUUCUGCUCCCUCGGCUGCAAGAUUGUUGGGACCUCUAAUGACUACGUCAAGAAGAAGAAGAAGAAAAAGAAAGCAAUGGCUUUGGCGUCCGACUCCGAGGAUUCGUACACCAGCACCAGCCGCGGGAGCGAGAAGAGCAGUGCCGUGCGUAGCUUCACCCCGUCCACCCCACCGCCCACCGCCGUCAGCUACCGGACCGCCAAGAGGCGAAAGGGCAUUCCCCACAGGGCCCCCUUCGGCAGCCUCAUCGUGGAGUUCUAGACCUCCCCAAUAUAUAGUCGUAAUAUAUAUAAGAACCACCAACCCAACUCUCUUGAUGGCAUAUUUUUAAUAGCUGUAUGAAGUCCAAUCACGGCACUCUGUGCUUCUUGAUGGGGAGGCCGGUGCUGGGAACUUACUUGGAUACACAGGGAAAAAGAAGAGCAGACGGAGAAGCCAUCGGACUGCUUAUAGUUCAAUUAGUCAUGAAGUAUAGCUAUAGACUGAAGUGAUACAUAUGUUGUUAUAGGUUGCAUUAGAUACAAAAAUAAGGUAUUCAGUACGCUGCUUAUACCUAAGUUUUGUGGUAAUGGGAUGGUUUAACCUUUGUUAAAUGUAAAUAUCAAGGUAAGACAAGAAUGCUGAGAGAAACUUUAAUGUUGUAGCGUGGGAGAGGAGAUGGUGUAUGUAAGAUGGUGAAUGUAAUAUAAUGUCCUGCUUCUGCUUGGUGUUGCUGGCA